UAUUAAAUAAUUUUGCUAACUGUAGAAGCAAGUUGGACCGAGAGAAACCGGAUACUCCCGCGGAUACAGACUAGACCACCGAAAGCAAGAUGGCCGACCUGACCUGAAACAAGAUUGCUGAAUCCGCAUGAAACAAAAAUGGCGCGAGUAGGAUGCAAGAUAAAACCCGCCAAAAUUUUGGCGCAAAAUGAUGCCUCUGAUUUUUUACUGUUGUAUUAAACACUUGUAUUUAUAUUAUAUUUGAAUAUUUUGCUUAUUGUUAAUUUAUUCCUUGGCCAAGACUGACAUAAUUUUUUGGGCUGCUACACCUUCCUUCAACCAAAAACACGAAAUCGUGAAUAUAUUUAAUAGUUGUCGGGCAACAAGUGAAUCAUUUUACAUUUUAUAUGAACCGCCGCUAUCGUUUUUGUAUUUUCUAAUCUUUGUUAUAGUGAAAUAAUAAUUUUCUUCUUGAAUUAUGUGAGUAGAUAUUCUAGAAAUUAUUAUAUUUAUUUAUGCGUUGGUCUCCUGUUUAAAGACUGAUAUAUUUUAGUUCCUCUGUGUGAUGAUGAAAACAAUUAAGUUUGAGAUCAAAUCACAUUAUUUUGUUUACAUCAAGUAAAUAUUAUGUCUCUGAUGUAUGCUUGUAUUUAAUUGGUUUAUGUAUGAAAAAGAAAUUGAUAUUUUUUACAAAUAUAAGUUUGGAACUUUAUAUUUUUUUGUAUUUAUCAUUAUUACAUAGAAUUUAUGUCAAUUAUUUUAAAUUGUUAUGUAUGUAACUUUUUCAAGCAAACACAUUUAUUUGGCUGCAAUAUUCCUUUGCGUAAAUAAAAUCAUGUAAUUUGGGGAAAUUUUUUAUUUCCCUAGAACUAAAUAUCUUAAUCUUACAAGUUUCCACAUUUUGUUAUUUAUAAUAGUUUAUAGGUUAUUUUUAAGAUGCAAUAAACUAAAUUAAGUUACAUAAUCUUUUAAAUGCGAUACAAUCUACUAUUCAUAAUUGAUUAUGAUUAUAUGUAGUAUUGAAUAUGUAUUAGAAAUUUUUUUUGUAUUAAAACAAAGACUCAAAAUUUGUUAUAUUUUGUUGGGGGGGGGGGGGGGGGAUUGGCUGGGUUAUCAAAACAGCUGAUUAUUUCGGGCAUUAUUUUGUGAAAGUUAAAUAUACUAUACAGUACAAGAAAGUUUAUUUAAUUCAUGUUGUAUAAACUUUAUUGCCUGUUUUUGUAUGAAUACCAAUCUAAUAAAACAUUUUUAUCAUUAUGCUAUAAAGUAAGGAUUUCAGAAAAAAAAUGGGGGCCCUGUAAAGAGGAAAGAAUAAUGCCGGCUGACACAAUUUGUUUUCUUUACUGGAAGUUGAAAAGAUUGAAGGCGGACUAAGAAUAGAUGUCGUCUGUGACAAUAGAAGAAGUUGAUCGGAAUUUGAACGGAGAAAUCCAGAAUUGCGGAUUUCCUGAAAUAAGAAAUGGCGGAUUAACACAAUCGCAAAAUGGCGACACUGUACACUUGGAGAUAAGUAAAGAGAAUGAAAAGAAGAAGACUGAAAAACUGUUCAAGGAUCUAACCGUCAAACCAAUUCGGAUCCUUCAGGAGGAACCACGUCACAGUCUGAAGAAGACGAUAAAGUUCCGAUUAAAACCCGAAAAUCUUCAUCCAUUGGAAACUCAGGUUGCGGGACAUGGGGCAGAAAAGACCCAAGGUAUACACCGUGGACUUCUACUCCACGAGGCCGGGUAUGUUCUAAAACCGGUUCAAGCUGCUCCUAAAGGAGAGCGGGAAGUACAAUUCUACCAGCAUAUCUCUACCUCACCUCGUCAAGUUGAUACAGAGUUCUAUUCGUUUAUUCCAAAGGUGAACAAGAAUUGGCAGUUUUGUAUUUUUAUAAUUUUUUUUUUUAAUGUUUUCCUUAUUAUGCCAAAAACCUUUUUUUUUUUAAAUACAGGGCCACCUACAAAUUGCUUCUCAGUACAAACCUACAUAACUUCUGGGGGGGACAUCCCCGGGCAGGCACUAAGUCAUGAACAGUAUCUUAUAUUGGAGAAUAUAACGCAGGAUUUUCGUAGACCAUGCGUCAUGGAUAUAAAAAUAGGCGGGAAAACCUAUGGUCCUGACGCAACUCCGCAAAAGAGGAUGCAAGAGGACUCCAAGUACCUUGGUACCAAGAAACCUUUAGAUAACAAUUACGAUUACAAAAUAAAGUACAGGGUUAUUCAUAAUACAUUACUGGAUGAAGGAAUUCAGCGUUGGGACAAGAGCUAUGGAAUGAAUCUAUCCAGCGAUGGUGUCGGAGAAAUCCUCCAAAUAUUUCUCAAUAAUUCAACAAAUCCGCCAAAAUCCAAAUUGAUUGCCAGCUGUUUUCUCAAACUGCUUCAGGAAGUUGUGGAUUUUUUCGAACGACAAGACGUGUAUCACGUGUUUGCGAGUUCUCUUCUUUUUGUCUAUGAUCUCGAUGCUAUUGAGACUGAUACCAACCGACUUGAGAACUUCGUUCGAUUAAAAAUGAUCGAUUUUGCACAUGUUUUUCCAGCUAAUGGAAAGAAAGACGAAAAUUUUCUUUUUGGGGCUCAAAAUCUGCACAAAAUAUUCAGAGAAUUUUUAAAUGGUUAAAAAUUCGGAUGAUGUGAUAUCUUAGGUAAUUUAGCCCAAAUUUGGAUUUUAUAUUUUUUUAUUAUUUUUUGUUUCCUUUAUGAGCUUUACUUAUCAUGUCUGCCAAAAAUAUAACUGUGAUUUGAAAAACGUUUCCUAUGAAAUCAGAACUGAAAACUUUAGAAUGGUUCCCAGCUCAGUUUGUUAAAAAGUAUUUUGUACAAUACAUUACUCGCUUUACCUAGUAGAAUUUCAAUUUUAGUGAUAAACAUAGAAAAUAAUUGAAAUUCAAU